AUAAGAAUCAUUAAACAAAAUAAUAUUGAUAUUUUCCGUAUUAAUAUGGCAGGAUAUAUUAUGUGUUCUAACAACUGAUAUGCUAGAAAAAUUAACAUAAUGCAAUAUAUAUCUUAGAUAAAAAUAGACAAAGUCGAAACAUCUCUGUAAAUAUUUAUUUACAUGAUUUCAUGACCAAUUCGUGCCCAAUUUAAUUGAUACGUUGACUAACUCCCCGCUAUAGUUAAUAAUUGCUGAACAUAAUAAACAAAAAAGCUUUAUGAUCAAUCCUGAGUCCACUGUUUGGUGAUUGAAAACUGAACUCCCUAUGUUGCUAACAGCAGUGAAACUCCGGAUACCGACCAGUAGGAGUCUGCAUGCUAUUGAUAUAUCAUGUACACGAAAUGCUUAGAGUUUCAGUAAGCCUCGUUUUGAAUUCAGUUUGCAAAAAGUUUUCCUUUUGACCGUUGUCACAAGCGAAGUUGACUUUUUCACUUAAGUUAGCUUUUCAUUUUUAAUAAACACACGCGAGAAUAAUGUUCAGUUACAAAUAUCGCUUUCAGUGUUUUUUAGAUAAUCAUGUGGUCGCUCGCUGGCCGAUGAUCUCCCGUUAAACCUUCUAAAGAUCGACACUGCAAUCUAUGCGAUACGGCGCACAUCACUUUGCACUAACUUGCCCUCACGAUCACGACCAGCUAUGAGAUACUGAGAAACUCGAUUUUCUUCGGAUGCUGAUACGCUAGAUCUACAUUUUGCAAAGCAUCAGCAUGACGACUGCCGGACACUUCAGUCGGACAAUGGGAGACAACUCUGUCAUGAAAUUAUUGUAUCUUUCAGAAAAUAAACUGAAGCCGAUCCCCUCUAUUAUCGACGUUGUUGAUUAGACUGUUUAUUAUAAAAAAAUACUAAUCUGUCUGUUGAAAAUUUUAGUGAAUAAGUAAGUGAAUGUCAGAUAAACCUGGAGUUGAGCAACAUGCACACACACGGAGCACACGGGACAAAUGUUGACGCUGUAUGUUGUCUUUUCACGGAUGCAAAUUAACACUAUCAGGAUAGCCCCAGUUGGUUGUCAUUCAUUUUUAAUUUUAAUUUUAAUUUUUAACUUAGGUCUGGGCGUUGUAGUUAGUGCUUGUGUAACUGCGAUAUUGAAUUUGUCGUCAUCAUUUAUUGCAUGUUAGAUUGAUGUAGGUGAUCAGUUUUGAUUUAUCAAACAAGUGGAUUUUGAGUCAAUGAAUAGGUUGCAACUUGCCCAUUUCUAGUCCCCUAUAGUUUCUGUGUAUUUGCAGUGGAGAACUACAUGUAGUGUUUGAUACUGUAAUUGUAUGUGCAUGAUAUAAUAUUAAAGGGGUGUUUCAAGGGUUAUUGUUUUGUUCUCUUACACGUAUUUCCAUUAUCGUUUUUUCUUAAUUAGAUUCUAAACCGUUUUAACCUUGUGGAAGAUUAAAGACGUGAUAAAAAGGACACAAAGUUAAUUCAAAUACCGAAUGUAGAUUACUGAUUUUGGACAUUGAGCCACUUACCCAGCUCCUCCAAUUGGUGUUUUGAAAUGUCGCUGUAUUGAGCCACUUAGUGACGCAUUGUGAUUGGUUGUUUCUCAUGACGUCACACAAUUGUCGCCAGAGUUGCAAGGGAGGAGCGUUUGACUUCACACCAACUCUUGAUUCGCCGUGAGUGGCGUGACACUGGCAUAGUUGUACGUGAAAUGCUAUCUUUUAUGAAUUCCUCACGUCUCUGAAACACUGGUACAUCUGUCCUGGACACAAUGGCGAGUAAGAUCCACAUUCCCCAGUCGUACUUUCGAAGACUCAGGAAGUGGUGUUCUCGGCAGGUCCGGAGAUUCUGCUGCACAUCUCGAGUAGCGGAUGACGGGGGCGAUUAUUACAAAGAGACACAGAUCAAAGAACUUCCUACAAGCUCCCUGAAUGGGUCCCAGAAGCCUAUACUGGACUUAAGGAGCUUCCUUACCCCCACCCCAGGGGAUUACAGCUCAGACCCUCGGGCUACUGCUUGUGGAUGUGGUACCCCGGCCGGGGAACAUCCUCUCCUCUCAUCAAGAUCUGCGCACACAGCCCAGACCGCCAGGGAACUCCCACCCACGUCCAGCCAGUCAGCUACAGAGGUCAAGGACACGGUGGAAGUGUCCGGUCAGCCUGAAUGCAUAUUUCGAUGA